AAUAGAACUGGCAACAUGUUUGUGUUAUGAAGGAGAAAACGAAAACAGCUGGUUGAUCUCCCACUUGUAUAGUUAAUUCUAGGUAUUCAACGUUCUAAAAUACAUUAUUUGACGCUAGUGAUUGUUUUGAACUAUUUAGUGUGAAUGUUCUCGAUAAUUAGUUAUGCAUUCGAUAAAUUUUAAUGACUAUUUUAAUGUAUCGAAUAGUGUUUAAAAAAAGAUUAGAAACCACCAUUUUGUGAAUGUACUUUGUGUUGUUUUGUUCUUCAUUUUAUUGACGUAGAAUGUCAGUGCUUAUUUACUAAAGAUAUUUUUCUGUACGAUAAAAAUGGGUGGCGUUGUGAGUUCUGGUCAAAAUAACGACGAUCUUAUAGACAAUUUACUCGAGGCAGAUUAUAUCAAAACACCUCUAAUAGAAAGAGUUUUUCGCGCAGUUGAUAGAGCCGAAUAUUUUUUACCAGAAGGUAGAGCUAACGCUUAUAAGGAUUUAGCAUGGAAAUUCGGUAAUCUACAUUUAUCGGCCCCGUGUAUUUACAGCGAAGUAAUGGAAGGACUCUGCCUAAAACCCGGAUUAUCGUUUUUAAAUUUAGGAUCCGGUACUGGUUAUUUAAGCACCAUGGUGGGUCUCAUUAUUGGUCAUUACGGUAUCAAUCACGGUAUAGAAUACCACAACGAAGUCGUUCAAUACGCCAACAAGAAACUUGAAGAUUUCAAAAAAUAUUCGGGAAGUAUCGACGAAUUCGAUUACUGCGAACCGAAAUUUAUACAAGGAAAUUGUUUGUGCCUUACCACUGAGUGUAACGCUCAGUACGAUAGAGUUUAUUGCGGCGCCGCUUGUCCCGAACAAUACGCAAGUUACAUGAAAAAUUUACUCAAAAUCGGCGGGAUACUCGUAAUGCCUCUCGAUGAUCAAUUGAUGCAAAUUAAACGCAGUUCAGAGACUAGUUGGGAAGUUAAAUCCUUGCUACCGGUGUCUUUUGCUUCACUUAUCCAACCAACAGAAGGAAAACAAGAUUGGGUGCAAUUAAUGGAAAUUGAGCCUCAAUCACUACAAGUACUCUGUAGGGCUACAAUAAGAAACAUUUUGAGAAAAAACGUAGAAAUUGAACAUCCCCCGGUUAAACGUCAAUCGAAUAUAACCACCAAAGCCCCAAAGAGAAAGAGAGCCCUAAGAAGAUUAGUAGUACCCUUAUUUGACUCUGAAGAUAGUUCGGAUGAUGAAAGACAUGUUAGAAUCAGCGCUGGUAGAAACCGUGAUGGUGGUCGAGCUUCAUUCAGAGAAGACAAUGGGGGUUUUUUCAAUUUCGUUUUAGGUUCGGUUAGAGAUGGUAGAACGUUUUUUUCAGCUUCUUUAGAUGAAAGAAAUAACAGUAGCGGUAGAGAAAAUAACACAGAAACCGAAUUAUCUAGCGAAGAUAAUAGAAUGGAAACCGAUACUGCUGAAUCCACCGAAGAAUGUAAUAAGAAACCUAAAAUAGAAACAGAAGCUGUAAUAGAACACAGACCGAGUACAAGAAAUGAAGAAAGUACUAAUGGAGAUGUUACUGAUGGUGUCGAAGCCCAAAAUGGAAGUUUAAUAAAUUCGAUGAACGAGAUCCACAACGUUUUCGUCGACGUUAUAAACGUAUUGAGGAAUGAAAGCGACGUUAACAGCGAAGAGGAACCUCGAAGCGGUCCUAGCGAAGAGAAAAAAAAAAGGGAAAAAUUCGAUAGCGGAUUAGGGGAGGACAUUGCUUUUAAUCACGCAGUUUCGUCAGAAGAUGAUACGGUUGAAGAUGCCCGUUGUAGUAGCGACGAAGAAGGUAACCAUAACGAAAAGGGGAAUAAACGUAGUCAGUUAAGCGAAAAUAAAAGUUCUUCUUCUAUAUUGAAAUGGCGUCGUAUUGAGAGCGAUAUUCAAGGGAUGUUUAUCGAUAGCAGUAGCAGUAGUGAUAAUGAAAACGAUACUCAAAGGAAAAUCGACGAUAACGAUAUGAGGAUGUAUAAGAGUCCUUAUACCGAACAUAUGAAAGCUAAAAUUCAACAGUUACCAUUACCGACUAUUUUGAAGAAAUAUAUUAAUUAUUAUAGAGACUUUUAGUGAGUUUUUUUUAUUAGUGUUUAUAACGCGGUUGUACAGGUAGUAAGUGUUUUUAUGUUUUUGUUUAAAAAAACGUCAAACUAGCUUCCGGAAUAAUUAUUUUUUACUAAUUUUAUGAGAAAUGGUUGUGGUUUGUCGAAUUUGUUAAAUAUUUCGAUAACAUUUAUUUGAUUUUGUUUACAACUUCGUCUUGAUACCGAUUUUUCUAUAUUUUUUUACUUAUUCAUCUAAAUUUUUUUUCCUAAUAUAUACUUUUCUUUUCAAUCAGAUUCUUGCUAUAAUUUUAUAAAAAAUUACCCUAUUUUUUUAAAUUGAUUGCAAAUAUUCUACCCUAUUUUGCUUUGCUACCAAUUUCUCUAUAAACAUCUUAGGAACAAUUUGUUUUUUCACACUUUUCAUCUAAAUUUCAUUUUCUUCGAUCUAUUUUUACUAUUGUUUAUAUAGUAGCACUAUAUUUAUGGGAAAUUGAUUUGUAAUUUCAUAGUAAAUCUUCUUCAUUUUCUUCCCUAUUUUGUUUAUAGCUUUGUUUUAGUGCCAAUUUCUUCAUAAAUUCUUCAUUUUCUAACGGGUUUACCUAAAUUUCUUUUUCUGGUAUCUACUUUUGCUUUUGUUUGUAUUGUUACACUAUUUUUAUGGAAAAUUGGUCCAUUUUUGGAAACUUAUAGCAGAUUUUCUUCAUUUUUCUCUCUAUUUCAUUUCUAGCUUUGUUUUGAUACCAAUUUCACUCUAAAUUCCUUAUUUUCUCACUCAUUCAUCCAAAUUUCGUUUUCUGGUAUCUACUUUUACUUUUGUUUGUAUUUUUGCACUAUUUUUAUGGGAAAUUGAUCUAUUUCUCAAAACUUACAGCAAAUCUUUUUCAUUUUCAUUUCAUCGUUUUGAUAUCAAUUUCUUGCUCUAAUUAAUAUUUAUCUUCUUUAAUUGAUUCAAACUGCAUUUUCUCUUGCUUCUAUUCAUAUUACUGUUCUUAUUUUAUGAAAAAUUGCACUAUUUUUUAAAAUUUAUUGCAAAUCUUUUUUAUUUUAUUUUCUAUUUUGCUUUGGUACUAAUUUCUCUAUAAAUUCCUCAUUUUCUCACUCAUUUACCUAAAUUUCUUUUUCUGGUACUUACUUUUGAUUUUGUUUGUAUUAUUGCACUAUUUUCAUGGGAAAUUGGUCAAUUUUUGGAUUUUUAUAGCAAAUCUUCAUUUUUCUCCCUAUUUUGUUUCCAGUUUUAUUUUGUUACCUAUUCCUCUAUAAACACCUUCGAAACAAUCUUUUUCUCAUACUUUUAUCCAAAUUUCAUUUUCUUCAAUCUACCUCUACUUUUGUUUAUAUUGUUGCACUAUUUUUAUGGGAAAUUGAUGUAGUUUUGGAAUUUUAUAGCAAAUUUUCUUCUUUAUUUUUUUUUAUCACUCGUUUAUCUAAAUUUCUUUUCCUAGUAUCUAGUUUUGAUUUUGUUUAUAUUGUGGUUCAGUUUUAAUGCAUUAUUAUUUGAGAUUUAUUUGAAAUUUCCUUAAUUUUCUCCCCUUUUUUAUUUUUAGCUUUGUUUAUCUAAAUUUCAUUUUCUUUUAUUUCUAUCCAUAUUAUUGUUCUUAUUUUAUGAGGAAUGAAGCUAUUUUUUGAAUUUCAUAAGUCUUAUCUAUUUUCCCUCCUAUUUUGUUUCAAACUUUGUUUUGGUACCAAUUUCUUCAUAAAUUCCUUAUUUUCUCACUCGUUCACCUAAAUUUCUUUUUCUGGUACUUACUUUUUCUUUUUUUUGUAUUGUUGCACUAUAUUUUUGGGAAAUUGGUCCAUUUUUGGAAUUUUAUAGCAAUUUUGUCCAUUUUUCCCCGUUUGUUGUUUUUAGCUUUAUUUUGGUAUCAAUUUUUCUAAUCGAAACUCUUCACUAGUUUAUCUAAAUUUCAUUUUCUACUUUUCUGUAGGUUCAAAUGAAAUUUAUCCAACUUGUUGAAAUUUAUUGCAUUUCUUCUUUAUUUUCCUUUCUUUUCAAGUUUUGAAUAAUUUUUCAUUUCACAGUUAUCUUACUAUCUAAUCUUCAUUUAAAAUAUAAAACUGUUUCUCAUUAAAUUUAGUGUUUCUAGAAAAAUAAUUCGCUUUUAAAAUCUAAUUAAAAAACAUAAAAACAUUUUUUAAAAAUAUCCCAAUUUAUGAUAUUAAAAAAAUUUAAAAUAAAAUUAUUUUCUCAGUUAGCUAGUUAUAAAAAUAAAAUAUAAUUUGAGUAUUUUGUGUUUUCUAAAUUCCUUAUAACGAACAAAAUUAAUUUAAACCCAAUAAAUAUUGCUCAAAUAUAGAACUUAGAUCAAUUUUAUGUGAUUUAGAUGGUUAUGUAUGACAUAAUUCGAAUUUAUACGUUUCCGAAAAAAAAAUACAAAUUAACAAAUUUUUACAAUAUUUCUGCCUAAAAACGUCACUUUCUUCCAUAUUGAAUCAAUUCUAAUUCCAACUUAUUCCACGGAAAAUUAUUCUGUCCUAAUUUGAGUUUUCAUUUAUAUUUUCAUGUUUUCAUACUUAUUAUGAAAGUGAAGUUUGUUAUAUUUUCAAAUUUUAAUGAUUUUCCGAAAUAAUACAUAGGACAAACUAGCAUAAAAACGUUAUUAAUGAUCAAGGAACAUUUUGAUAAUUUUUAUAUUUGAUAAUUUAUUGCAAUUAUAAAUGAUAGUUAUAUUGAAAUAACCGAAAAUUACAACUUUAUUUUUGUGAAAAUAUAAGAAAACAUGAGAAACCGUUUUACCUACAAUAUUUAUUCAUUACGUUACAUGUAUUCGAAUAGAAUUUAAUUUUUGUGGAAUUUUAUGUAUAAGUCAAAAAUUUAAGUUGGGAAUAAUAAAUUAGAUGAAAAAACA